GGCGCCGUCGGUCCCCGUCGGGGGCUCCGUGCGUCCCCGGCCCGCCCCUGGCCCGGCCAUGGCGGGCGCCAGGCCCGGCGUGCACGCGCUGCAGCUGGAGCCGCCCACCGUGGUGGAGACCCUGCGGCGCGGGAGUAAGUUCAUCAAAUGGGACGAGGAGGCCUCCAGUCGGAACCUGGUGACCUUGCGCGUGGACCCCAAUGGCUUCUUCUUGUACUGGACAGGACCCAACAUGGAGGUUGACACGUUGGACAUCAGUUCCAUCAGGGACACGCGGACGGGCCGUUAUGCCCGCCUGCCCAAGGACCCCAAGAUCCGGGAGGUGCUGGGCUUCGGGGGCCCCGAUGUCCGGCUGGAGGAGAAGCUCAUGACGGUCGUGGCGGGGCCAGACCCGGUGAACACCACGUUCUUGAAUUUCAUGGCUGUACAGGAUGACACUGCCAAGGUGUGGUCGGAGGAGCUGUUCAAGUUGGCCAUGAACAUCCUGGCUCAGAACGCCUCGCGGAACACUUUCCUACGCAAAGCAUACACGAAGCUGAAGCUGCAGGUCAACCAGGAUGGACGGAUUCCGGUCAAAAACAUCCUGAAGAUGUUUUCUGCGGACAAGAAGCGGGUGGAGACUGCGCUGGAAUCCUGUGGCCUCAAUUUCAACCGGAGUGAGUCCAUCCGGCCUGAUGAGUUUUCCUUGGAAAUCUUUGAGCGCUUCCUGAACAAGCUGUGUCUACGGCCAGAUAUCGACAAGAUCCUGCUGGAGAUAGGCGCCAAGGGCAAGCCAUACCUGACGCUGGAGCAACUCAUGGACUUCAUCAACCAGAAGCAGCGGGACCCGCGGCUCAACGAGGUGCUGUACCCGCCGCUGCGGCCCUCCCAGGCACGCCUGCUCAUCGAGAAGUAUGAGCCCAACCAGCAGUUCCUGGAGCGAGAUCAGAUGUCCAUGGAGGGCUUCAGCCGCUACCUGGGGGGCGAGGAGAACGGCAUCCUGCCCUUGGAAGCCCUGGAUCUGAGCGCGGACAUGACCCAGCCCCUGAGCUCCUAUUUCAUCAACUCCUCGCACAACACCUACCUCACAGCCGGGCAGCUGGCCGGGACGUCCUCGGUAGAGAUGUACCGCCAGGCCCUGCUGUGGGGCUGCCGCUGCGUGGAGCUGGACGUGUGGAAGGGGCGGCCGCCCGAGGAGGAGCCGUUCAUCACCCACGGCUUCACCAUGACCACGGAGGUGCCGCUGCGCGAGGUGCUCGAGGCCAUCGCCGAGUCGGCCUUCAAGACCUCACCCUACCCGGUCAUCCUCUCCUUUGAGAACCACGUGGACUCGGCAAAACAGCAGGCCAAGAUGGCUGAAUACUGCCGCUCCAUCUUUGGGGACGCACUGCUCAUUGACCCGCUGGACAAGUACCCGCUGGCCCCUGGGGUGCCGCUGCCCAGCCCCCAUGACCUGAGGGGUCGCAUCCUGGUGAAGAACAAGAAGCGGCACCGGCCGGCCACGGGUGUUCCUGACAGCUCUGUGCGCAAGCGGCCGCUGGAGCAGAGCAACUCGGCCCUGAGCGAGAGCUCCGCGGCCACCGAGCCCUCCUCGCCGCAGCUCGGGUCUCCCAGCUCUGACAGCUGCCCCGGCCUGAGCAAUGGGGAGGACGUGGGGCUGGAGAAACCCGGCCUGGAGCCUCGCAAGUCCCUGGGCGAGGAAGGCCUGCAACGGGGCCCCGAAGCAGACCGUGAGGAGGAGGAGGAAGAGGAGGAGGAGGAGGAGCAGACGGACCCCAAGAAGCCGACCACCGAUGAGGGCACGGCCAGCAGCGAGGUCAAUGCCACAGAGGAGAUGUCCACACUAGUCAACUACAUCGAGCCUGUCAAAUUCAAGUCCUUUGAGGCUGCUCGGAAGAGGAACAAGUGCUUUGAGAUGUCAUCAUUCGUGGAAACCAAGGCCAUGGAGCAGCUGACCAAGAGCCCCCUGGAGUUUGUGGAAUACAACAAGCAGCAGCUGAGUCGCAUCUACCCCAAGGGCACGCGUGUGGACUCCUCCAACUACAUGCCUCAGCUUUUCUGGAACGUGGGUUGCCAGCUUGUUGCGCUUAACUUCCAGACGCUGGAUGUAGCGAUGCAGCUCAACGCGGGCGUGUUUGAGUACAACGGGCGCAGCGGGUACCUGCUCAAGCCAGAGUUCAUGCGGCGGCCGGACAAGUCCUUCGACCCCUUUACCGAGGUCAUCGUGGAUGGAAUUGUGGCCAAUGCCCUGCGGGUCAAGGUGAUCUCAGGACAGUUCCUGUCUGACCGCAAGGUGGGCAUCUACGUCGAGGUGGACAUGUUUGGGCUCCCUGUGGACACCCGGCGCAAGUACCGCACCAAGACCUCGCAGGGGAAUUCAUUCAACCCCGUGUGGGACGAGGAGCCUUUUGACUUCCCCAAGGUGGUGCUGCCCACGCUGGCUUCGCUACGCAUUGCGGCCUUUGAGGAGGGUGGCAAGUUUGUGGGACACCGGAUCCUGCCCGUCUCUGCCAUCCGCUCGGGGUACCACUACGUCUGCCUGCGGAACGAGGCCAACCAGCCGCUGUGCCUGCCGGCCCUGCUCAUCUACACUGAGGCCUCGGAUUACAUCCCAGACGACCACCAGGACUAUGCAGAAGCCCUCAUCAACCCCAUAAAGCACGUGAGCCUGAUGGACCAGCGGGCCAAACAGCUGGCCGCCCUCAUCGGGGAAAGCGAGGCUCAGGCCGGCCCCGACACCAUCCAGGAGGCCCCAUGUCAGCCACCUGGGUGCCAGCUGACCCCAAACCCGACACCCAGCUCCCUGGAAAGCUCCCCACGGCGGCCCGUGGGCCCCAUCACCUCCCCGACCAGCACGUCCCUCAGCAGCCCAGGCCAGCGGGAUGACCUCAUCGCCAGCAUCCUCUCAGAAGUGACCCCCACGCCGCUGGAGGAGCUCAGAGCCCACAAGGCCCUGGCCAAACUUCGGGGCCGGCAGGAGCGGGAGAUGCGGGAGCUGAUUAAGAAGCAGCAGCGCAAGGCAGCCACCCUCACCCGCCGCCUGCUCCACAGCCUGGCCCAGGCCCGGGCGGGCCAGGUCAGGCCACGCGGGGCUGCUGUGGGGGAGGACCGGAAGCAGCAGGAGGAGGUGGAGGGGAAACGUUGGCAGGACUUCCAGAACCAGCAGGUGCAAUGUCUGCUGGAGCUGCGAGAGGCCCAGGUGGACGCAGAGGGCGAGCUGAGGCUAGAGCACCUGAGACAGGCACAGCAGCGGCUGCGGGAGACUGUGCUGGAUGCCCACACAACGCAGUUCAAGAGACUGAAGGAGGUGAACGAGAGGGAGAAGAAGGAGCUGCAGAAGAUCCUGGACAGGAAGCGUCACAACAGCAUCUCCGAGGCCAAGACUCGGGAGAAGCAUAAGAAAGAGGCGGAACUGACAGAGAUUAACCGGCGGCACAUCACCGAGUCGGUCAACUCCAUCCGGCGGCUGGAGGAGGCCCAGAAGCAGCGGCAGGAGCGCCUGGUGGCUGGCCAGCAGCAGGUCCUGCAACAACUGGCAGAAGAGGAGCCCAAGCUGCUGGCCCAGUUGGCCCACGAGUGUCAGGAGCAGCGGGCCAGGCUGCCCCUGGAGGCCCGCCGCAGCUUGCUGGGCACCGUGCCAGAGGGGCUAGGGGACGGGCCCCUGGUGGCCUGUGCCAGCAACGGGCAUGCACUGGGGAGGAGUGACCCCGUGGCUGACCCCGACUCGGAGAGCCAGGAGGAGAACACGCAGCUCUGAGCUGGCGGAGAAGUGGCCCCGGGGCCAGGCCAGGCAUGGGAGGGCGGCAGGCCAAGACACUAAUGCUUUUUUUUUUUUAAGAAAACCUUUUUAUCUUUAGAAAUUUUUAUUUUUUUAAACCCCUGGGCAAGGCUCCCACCCUUCCUUCGUUAGCGCCAGCACCCCCUUCCUGACCUCAGCUCUAGGAAGGAACUGGUACCCCCUCCUGAGGUGGGGAGACUCUGCACCCCAUCCCAGUAGCAUCUCACUUCCUGCAGCUCCAGGAAGUCGGGGGCUCCCACGCUUUCCCUAUCCCUCCAAACCCGGGAGGUCGUUUUUACACAAAUAAAGGUGGAUUUCAGGGA